AAGAAAAAUAGGCGUGGAGGUUUCACACAGUUUCACCCCCCCAGCUCUCAUUCCUGUCAUUCAACAACUUAUAUGGCUCAGGGACAGGUCGGCGUCUCACUCCUACUACAGUGACAGGGUCAUGUUUGGCUGAGCACAUGUGGAAUUCUUAACUGGAACUUUUUAAAGAAGGAAAGAAAAGAAAACCCUCCUGUGGCAGGUGUGACCUCAAACCAGGGAGAAGAGGACCAAACACCUGUCAACAUCAUUCUGAGUAAAAUACUGGAUAAACCGAGGAGACGCUUGUGGACUGAGACUGAGGAGUGGUUUCAGAGCGCUGCCUUUUAAAACUGGAUCAGAGAUGAUCAAAUCACCUCAGACGUCUGUGAGAAUGGAAGAGGAACCACUGAACACCACGCCAGGUUCGGCUGAUGGUAUCCCAGAGGGGAGCAGAAGUCCAGGAGGCGCGGCGUCCUGCUGGGAGGACAAGUACCACAGGAAACUGGCCAUCUGCAGCAUCAUCUGUGGGUUCUCCUGCAUCGGGAUCAAUGCUUUGAUACAUUCAGUCAAGGCGGAGAAAACAGAGGAUCAAAGGGAAAAAGCAAUGGCGAGAAAAUACGGCAUCAUAUCCAUCGUAGUGUGGGUUUGCUUUUUGGCCUUAAUCCCCGUGCUGCUGGCGCUGAUCUCAUAUCUUCUCACUCUGAAAGACUGAUCGACUCGGGAUGGACGCUAAAUGGCGGCGUGGCUGUUUCGGACUAUAGAAGAUUACAGAGACAGUUGACUGUACAGAGGUGCUCAUGCAGGGAGACGUGAAGAAACUGGUGUUUACAUGAAACACAAAAAUAACCACUGCUGUAGCUUUUCUUGUUGUUGUCCCAGUUUCCGUCUCACUGCUUCCUCUUAAACAUCCUCAUAUUUUACACACAGGGACACCACUCAAGAAAAUAGUGUUAAAAACCAUCUCUUCUUACACACUGACAUAUUUAUUCAAUAUUUAGACCACUCUAAAUGACAAUAGAAAAGUCAACAUUGCUGAUAGUUUGAGACAUGAAACAACUUGAUACAUACAGUAUAACAAACAUUACAAUUCCUCAUUAGCGACCCAACCUUUAAUAUUUUAAAUGCAAUUACAAUUGAACGCUCAUUACAAACCUACGUAUGGAGGGAGGAUUGGGUCUGUUCUAGAAGGCAGAGACCCUGGCAGUGCUUCGUCAGAACAUAAGAGGAGACCCUGCUCUUGUUGCACCAACAUUAUCUUGGCAUUAUUGCAUCGUAAGCGUAUUAACUUUAUUAAUAUUGAAUGUAUCAAUAUGCUGUACCAUAUACAAACAUGUAACAAUUUUAUAAUAAAAAUGACCAACGUAA